GUCUUGGGCAAAUCACCGUUGCUGACAGCAGCUCUAACUUGCAGCGCGAAGUCGAACGAAGCCCCCCCCGGCUUUCUCCCCUUCUCUCCUUCUGACCUUACCCUUUUUCCUGACAACCCGCCUCAAAUUCGAGAGAAGGAACCCUUUUUUGCGCCGGGUGUUACAGCUACAUCAAUCUGUCCCCUUGAAUGUUUUCUGUGGCCAAAAAUUCAUAACCUAUUAUUUCAAUUUCCAACUGGGAUUUCGAAUAUUGGUGUACCCUUUUUUUAUAAUAGCUCUUUCUCCUUCCUGACGCAAGUCUGCAUAACGUGAGUGAGAUCCAUCCUGGCGACCCGCCUAUUCGACAGCCCUAAGUUCGCGCUUCUAUGGCGACGACCCGCGACACCACAUCGCAUCGCAUCGCAUUUCAUUUUUGCGCGACUCCAUAACGAGAAACUGCUAACUAGUAACCAGCCUCAGUUUUCAUUACUUACCUCUUUUAAUACUACCCUCAUUUGAAUCUGAUCGCUUGUCGCGGUUUCAAUCGACGGACGCGCGGCUCUAUCGCAUACGUUAAUUUCGGUCGCGUCUUGUCCAACAAAGUCCCAAAAAAAUGGCUACUCCGAGACGUCUUCCUAGCAAACAUAAUCCUCUCAUGACUGAGGACAUCCCUCCUUAUCAUGAGCUCGUUUCACGCCGACGCUUGGGCCAGACCCAAUUGACCGCGAAGAUGGUUGCAGCCGGCACCGCAGGAGAUAUCGACCCUACUAGUCUUGGGGUCUUCGACUAUGCGCAUCUGCGGGCUCCCUUGCCGAAGGGUAUCAACUCGGGUAUCUUCAAAUCUUCUCCGAACUCGUAUUUCCUCAUGCGCCGCAGUCAGGAUGGAUUCGUCUCUGCCACCGGUAUGUUCAAGGCGACUUUCCCCUAUGCCGAGGCUGUAGAAGAGGAGAUGGAGCGCAGAUUCAUCAAGUCGCUGCCUACGACCAGCCAUGAGGAGACUGCUGGGAAUGUUUGGAUCCCUCCCGAGCAAGCCUUGGCUCUUGCUGAGGAGUAUCGGAUUACUCCUUGGAUCUGUGCGCUCCUAGACCCGGCUGAAAUCGCCAUAACGAGCGCGCCUGACAGUCCUCCCAAGAAAAUCGCCGCACCACCAAAAUUCGAAGCGCCUUUGCCAGCCCAGCCUCUCCUUGCACCACCAACUCCAUCAUCUCUUCCCCGUAGCACACGCAGUCGUCGCUCAGCCAGCCCUUCAAAGAAACGGGCUAUCGCAUCUCCGCGAAAGCGGGCUGCGAAAGCCCCUGCUCCUCAAUUACCUGCCGAAAUUCCGUCCCUGAAAGAAGAAGUUGAGCCCCUAAAGGAAAAGGUUGAGCCCAUUACAAACGGUUCAAAGACAGACGAAGACGCCGAGUCUACUGCUGCCACCGAGGAGGUAUCUAUUAAGACCAUCGAAAAGGAACCCGCUAUCGUCUUUGCGCCGGCUGAGGAGGAAGCUAAGGUGCAAAUCAAGGUUGGCCAGGAAGUUGAAUUUCACGGCGAUGUCGAAACAACACAAACUGCCGUCGAAGUGGAAAUUCCCCUUAGUGGAGAACCUGACGCGGAAGAGGCUACUCGAAUGAUCGAAGAGGCGAAGGAGAUGGUGAGAAUCGCUGCUGCUGAGACUGCAGCGUCGUCUGGUUCGAACAGCAAUCAGAACAAACGAAAGGCCGACGAGAUCGCCAUCGAUGACGAGGAGGAGGAACAAGAAGAAGACGAAGACGAAGACGAAGUAUCAGAGGAACCGAGGACCAAGAAAGUGAAGACAGAGGUGCAGUUGAGAAAGGAGCGUGUCAGGAACCGGGCGCUCGUCGGUCUUAGCGCGACCCUCGCGGUUGGUGCCCUAAUCCCGUACGUCAUGGGCGUAUUCUAGCCUAGUACUGCCCUUAUACGUUCAGCUCCAGGCCCUACAAUUGUUUAGUCCCUUAGUGUCCCCUCAUAUCGUCCUUACGAUCCUGUCCCAUCUGGAUCGUUUUACUGGGUUUUGUUGGUGGGGAAACCCGGUUACUCGUCUGUUAUUUUUGCACAUACCCCCCGUACAGUUGGUCAGAACCGGGUGUUCAGAUUCUGAUUUCGCGUAGCUAUAUGAAUUGGCUCAUGUAUACAUCACAUCCCCUUUUAGCUGUCUCUCUCAAGAAAGGAGGGAUCGCUCUACUCCUACGCUACAGGUCCCGAGAACUUCAUAAUGAAAAAGAGAAAAUUCACUCGUUCAGUGGUGUUUGUGACAUUUAUAAGGUCGGUUCUUUGAGAGGUAAUGAUUCAAAUAGUUUGGAAUAUAAUUUCCUAUAAAACUACCUACGAAGCAGUGAGGGAGGUCCUUUAAAGUGCCUAACUUAACAAAGAGUUCUAUCAACAAAGAAGCUCGUCUCGGUUUGACGGAAUCAUAGUUUUCGUGGUAUAGGAAGGAAUGCGUCUCAUUAGGAUUAAUAUCUACCAUAUCUACCUACUUAUGUGUAGUUAAGGUAAAUGCUGUAUAACAACCCUCUGGUGCUUACACGCGGCUCAUCAGCUAAUACACUUAGCCCUAAAUAUACUGUUAGGUACCUAGUGACUUAAUGUUCCGCGUUACGCCCAAAAGGCCGGCAGGGAUCCACCAUCCUCUCUAGUGAGUGGC